AUGUCCAACCUAUCACUGGCAAGUCACAAACGGAUACUCACGCAGUAUACUAACCAAUUGCAAAAAGUUCUAACCCGAUUCAAAGACGCGCAGUUAGAAGAAAUCAGCGUUCAAAACCUGCAAGAUGAGAUAACGCCCACCGUUAUUCAAACAAGCCUACAGCAGUUAGAGGAAGCAGUGGCAGCGUUAGAAAACAUGACCACAAAGAUUCAACACGCACUAGAUGAACUCGCUACCAUGUUCGAAAAGUCACACCCAACGUCACCGAAUAUUGAAGAAGAGUUCGCACAGUACUCAACUACUGCUGAAGAAGCCAUUAGCAAUACUUUCGAAUACCUUGUACUCCUUCAUGCUCGGAUCCAUAGCUUCAAGGCUCAAGCUGAGCUUCUCAACACAUCCUACAAACACUCCACUACGAAUAGUAGUAAAGAUGAAUCCACCGUCACCGCGGUCGUGAAAAAUCUGGAGCUACCCACAAUCCUAAUCCCAACAUUCAAUGGCGACAUCUGGGACUGG